UUUAAAUUUAGAGGUUAUUAAAUUGAAUUUAUUUUUUUCUUAAAUUUUUAUCGAAGACGUUCUCGUGUUCUAAACAUAAUUUUAAGGCGGAAUAAUAUAUUAAGUAAUUAAAUUUCGUCAUUUUAAAAAUAAACGACUUAUGACACCGAGCUGUUAAGAUAACUUAAAUUUGCUACACCAACUAGACGGAAUCCGAGAAUCGGUCAGUAUUUGAACGAAUUUGUGAUAAAAGCGGUCAAAAUUUAAUUCUGGUUUUCUUAUCAGUUAAAAUGGCAGUGGUUCCACGUAUUUGGUGCAGUUUUUCAAAGGGAGUUUUCCACAACAACCAAUUUUUUACGAAAUCUUCUAACCUGAAAUCGUUUCAUACUUCUUUAUCAGUUUUUUCAGAGAAACUAUUCACCGCAAAGCAUGAAUGGGUGCAGGUAGAUGGUAAAAUUGGAACUGUAGGGAUCUCAGAUUAUGCACAGGAAGCCCUGGGUGACGUAGUUUAUGCUCAGCUACCCGACGUAGGAACGGUGGUUAAACAGAAAGAUGAAUGUGGGGCCCUAGAAAGUGUCAAAGCAGCUAGCGAAAUCUACAGUCCGCUCAGUGGGAAAGUUGUUGAGAAAAAUGUAGCAGUGGAAGAGACUCCAUCUUUAAUUAACUCAUCUUGUUAUGACAAAGGGUGGUUGUUUAAAUUGGAGUUGACCAACGAGACUGAACUAUCAGAGCUGAUGAAAGAAGACAAGUACAAAGAAUUUCUUAAAACGGAAGAAUCUCAUUGAUACACGAUAUACACGUGCGUUUUUUUCUACUCAGUGAAUAAAUUAUUUUAAUAAGUACAAUUAUUCUUAUCUCAGCGUUAAGAGAGGUUAUCAUGUUUUGUUUAUAUAUUAUAAAAACUAGAAGCUAUUAAAUUUAUUAAAACUACCAUUUUUUGUUAAAUAUAGUUAUAGGAUAUAU